AUGACACGAAAGUCAUUCAGAAGCCCAUUGGAUUUACUACAUCAAUCCUGUGAACGAUUAUUAAAUGAAUGUGCCGAUCGAAAUAGAAAACCAUUGAAAUUUCGUUUUAAUGAUAUUAAUUCAAUCGAUAUUAAUACUAAUAAUAACAAUAAUAGUAAUAAUUGUAAUUACAAUGACAUGAAUACACUGAAUCAUUAUGUCAAUGAAUUGCAUUCAAUCAGUCCAACAUGUACUGUGGAAAUGCAGAGAAACACUACCACUAGUAGUACUAUUACUUCUACUACUACCAGUACUACCGCAUGUCCUAAUGAAGUGUUGGAUUAUUCUAUGAAACCGAUAACAUAUCAUUCGUAUGCUACAACCAUCCCAAAUCCUUCAUUCUCAACAACGACAACAUCGUCAUUGUCUAGUUUCCCUUUUUCAUGUUUCACUUCAACCGCUUUCAAACUGGCCAAUCUCCCAUCGAAUUCCUUGAAUGAUAUACUCAGUUUAUUACAACAAGGAGUACAAGCGCCAGAAACAUCUUCAACUUCAUCGUCAUCCAAUGUUAACACUUUACUACAACACCAAUCCACAUCUUCAUAUUCUUCAAUUCCUUAUCAUAUAUCAUCUAUGCCAUUGACAAAACAUGAUCCUCCUGUUAGUGAACAUUAUUUUGAAUAUAUUAAGCUACUUUCAAAUAUUUUAAAUUAUUUAUCAUUAAUGAAAUGCUUUCAUACAUCAAAUACGCCAGAUUGUUCGAACACACUGAAUCAUCAUCAUACUACUACUAUCAAUGGAAUGAUCUCAUCAGAUCAAGACAGAAAUGUAUAA